UGACCCGGAAGGGGCGCGGGGAAAGAGGCUGUGCGCCUCUUGGUUAACGAGCUUCGGGGGUUGCGGCGGGUUAGUGACAGGCGCGCGCCUAGCGAUCGCCUGUGCCGCUUUGCUCGGGAGCAGUCGAACUAGCGCCCGUGUUGGUUGAAUCUGCAAAUGUGGAGCCCUCAGACACCAAGGGCCAACUAUGUUCUGGAAAAGCUGAAGAAAAGCCAAGGAACACCAGCCCUCUCUCUACCAGAUUUCUCUCCCUACCAUCCCCACAGAGGGAGUCCGGACACAGGAAGACGUGAUUUUCAAAGCUAAUUAUGAAAACAUUUGUCAUUGGAAUCAGUGGUGUGACAAAUGGUGGGAAGACAACACUGGCUAAGAAUUUGCAGAAACACCUUCCAAACUGCAGUGUCCUAUCUCAGGAUGAUUUUUUUAAGCCAGAGUCUGAGAUAGAGACAGAUGAAAAUGGAUUUCUGCAGUAUGAUGUGCUCGAAGCGCUUAACAUGGAGGAAAUGAUGUCCACCAUUUCCUGCUGGAUGGAAAACCCAACACGCUCUCUGGUAUCAACACAUGAGGAAAGCAUUGAGGAAAUUCCCAUCUUAAUUAUUGAAGGUUUCCUUCUCUUCCAUUAUAAGCCCCUUGACACUAUAUGGAAUAGAAGCUAUUUUCUGACAAUUCCGUAUGAAGAAUGUAAGCGGAGGAGGAGUACAAGGGUCUACAAGCCUCCAGACGCCCCAGGGUACUUUGAUGGCCACGUGUGGCCCAUGUACCUAAAGCACAAAAAGGAAAUGGAGAAUGUCUCAUGGGAAAUUGUUUAUCUAGAUGGAACAAAAUCUGAGGAAGACCUCUUUUCACAAGUAUAUGAAGAUCUAACACAAGAACUAGCAAAGCAAAAGGGUGUGCGAGUGACAGCAUAAAGUUGGAAUGGACUGAAACUUUCCUGGAGUGAAUUGGAAAAUUCAAAGGAAUCUGUUCAAGUGCCAUAACCAAGACAUGUUGUGCACUUUGGUACAGUGACAGUCUGUUGUUUUGUUAGUUUGUUCUGUCACACAUGAUUUCCUUAACACAUGGAACAGUAAGUGGCUAUCCAUGAUAAUGGACCUAAAUUUACCCUAAUGCUUUUCUCACACCAAGAAGUGCACAGAUACAGCAUAGCUCACAAAGACUGAGUCAUUUUCACUAGACCAAUGAUUUUCAAACUUUUAUGAAUGGGACCCAAAGUAAAACAUAAGAUGUGGAUCACAAUCCAGUAUAUAUGUAAUCUAUUGAUGUGUGUGUUUGUGUGGAUGAGUCUAUAUAUGUAUGCAAAUGUGUCUAUAUUUGUUGCAUGUAUCAUAUCAAGUAUCAUAUAACAUUUACCUCACAUACAGUAUGCUCUUUAUAUUUUUCUAUUUUUAACUUUUAAAAAAUAUUUGUUACCAUCCCAUACGGAUGCCCACCUCCUGCAAAUAAUGGGAUUACCAGGAGUAGCAAUCAUAUUGAAUAAAUCAACAAUUUGCAACAGUA